GUCGUCAAUGAAAUGAUGUAUCAAUCAGCCACGAAAGACUUCAUUUCUCUGACCCUCAACGACCAAAACUGUCACAUUUACAACAACGGCAAGCACCGCAAACAGUCCUGCUGGAGGCCGAGAUGCUGCUGCCCCAGCAGACCACUCCCUGGAAAAUGGCUGAAGCCACAACAGAGUCAUAGAACGUCUUGAGGAGUGCCCCUUGCACUCCAAAAGACCUCAGUCUCCUGAGCAGAUAGAGUCUGCUCAUGCCCUUCCUGCAAAGUGCUUCUGUGUGAUGAGUCCAGUCCAGUCUAUUGUUGAGAUGAACACCCAGGUACUUGUAAGAUGUCACCAUCUCAAUGUCCAUUCCCUGAAUGUUUACUGGUGUUGGAGGAGAGUGGAUGCGCCUGCGGAAAUCCACCACCAGCUCUCUGGUUUUCCCCGUGUUGAUCUGGAGGCAGUUCCGCUGGCACCAGUCCACGAAGUCCUGUGUCAGUCCUCUGUACUCCAAGUCGUCCCCAUCUGUGAUGAGGCCAACAAUUGCAGAGUCGUCAGAGAACUUCUGCAGGUGGCAGAAAUGGAAGCAGCUGUCUCGGCUCCAGCGAAGCCUCAUUCUCGUUCUUCUUGCUCUGCUGCUCAUUUUGGGACUGCUGUCUUUUUCCAAUGCAUCCAUGCAAAGAAGAGAGUUUCCAAACAAGGAAGACUGGCUGGGGAUGAGUGAUGAUGUUUUGAAGCCUGCAUUUCCUGGUGUAAAGUCCAUGUUUGGGCCAAAUGAGGAGGACAAAGCACCAGCUCCGGUGGUGAGACCAAAUCUUGGUUCAGAUUCUGUUCCAGACCUGAAAGGACCCAACUACCCAGUAUUUCAGAAGAUAUUUCCAAACAAGAGGGGUCCACCAAGCCUUCAGAAGAAUGGGAAUAUUUCAGACACGCUCAUUGUGGCAAGACAAGAAGAAGACGAAGAGGGGGAUGAUGCGGAGAAACCAAAAAAGAUGGUCAGCUGGCGAGGUGCAAUGAUUGAAGCCGAUCAGGUCACUGAGCCCCCACCCUCUGCUAAUGAGAAGGACCAAGCAGCACCCCCGGUACCAGAUGUCCCAGUUGAAACUGUGGUGGAUAGACUGGAAGCUGUGCGUGAUGCCUUCAGACAUGCAUGGAAGGGCUACAAGGACUACGCCUGGGGUCAUGAUGAGCUUAAGCCCAUCUCAAAGUCUUUUGGCGAAUGGUUUGGACUGGGCUUGACCAUCAUUGAUUCUUUGGACACCAUGUGGAUCAUGGGUUUGAAAGAAGAAUUUGCAGAGGCAAAGCAAUGGGUAGAGAAGGAGCUCUCCUUCAACCAAAAUGUGGACGUGAAUCUCUUUGAGACAACCAUACGCGUCCUCGGGGGGCUGCUGAGCACAUACCACCUAUCUGGAGACCAGCUGUUCCUCAAAAAAGCCAAAGAUCUCGGGUCCAGGUUGAUGCCUGCCUUCAAAACACCCUCAAAGAUCCCGUUCUCUGACGUCAACAUUGGGAAAGGAACAGCGCACCCGCCUAGAUGGACAUCGGACAGCUCCAUGGCUGAGGUCACAAGCAUUCAGCUGGAAUUUAGAGAGCUGAGCCGCCUCACACAGGACCCGGUAUACAAGGAGGUCGUAGAUGAGGUGAUGAAGAAGGUCCACAAGCUGCCUGGCAAACACGAUGGUCUGAUACCCAUGUUCAUCAACACCAACAGCGGCCAGUUCUCCCACAGAGGCAUCUACACACUUGGCGCUAGGGCGGACAGCUACUAUGAAUACUUGCUCAAACAAUGGAUCCAGGGAGGCAAGACGGAAGAUGAGUUGUUGGAGGACUACAUUGAAGCAAUCGAUGGAGUUAAAAAACACCUUGUGAGACAGACGGGUGGCCACAAAUUAACGUUUGUUGGAGAGCUCUCCCAUAACCGCUUCAGUCCCAAAAUGGACCACUUGGUGUGCUUUCUGCCAGGAACCUUGGCCCUAGGAGUCCACAAUGAUCUUCCAGGGGAUCACAUGGAUUUAGCGGUAGCAUUGAUGGAGACUUGUCACCAGAUGUACAAACAAAUGGAGACAGGGCUCAGCCCAGAGAUUGCACACUUCAACCUCCAUGCCACCGAUGGACAUGAUAUUAUUGUCAAGCCUGCAGACACGCAUAACCUGCUGAGACCAGAAACGGUGGAAAGUCUGUUCUACAUGUACAGGUUCACAAAAGACCCCAAGUACAGGGACUGGGGAUGGGAAAUUCUGCAGAGUUUCAACAAAUAUACCAAGGUCUCAGACGGAGGCUACACGUCUAUCAACAAUGUCCGUGACCGUGAGAACCCAGAGCCCAGGGACAAGAUGGAAAGUUUCUUUCUGGGUGAGACACUGAAGUACUUUUACCUGCUCUUCUCUGACGAAAAGGACCUUCUCAGUCUGGAUAAAUAUGUGUUCAACACUGAGGCCCACCCCCUCCCCAUAUGGCCCCCGCCACCCAAGUGACCGCACCAUACAGGAAGUGUGCAAAGUGAUCCUUUUUAAAGCUGAAGACGUUCCUCAGUCAGAUGUGUUUCUGAGAAACCGUCCCUACUGGACUGCGGUCUGCAGGUCUGUGCUGGCCUUCCUGGACUUUGGUGGAUUUUGCACGUGGAGGAAUUCAUUUGAGAUUGUUUUUUUUUAAAUAAAUAAAAGGUCUGAGCUGG